CGCUCGCUCCCUCCCUCACUCCUCUCGUUCAUCCUCCAAAUCGACAACCCAUUAGGCAAAACCAUCCAGAAAAAAAAGCCAAGAAAUUCGAACCUUUUCCCGAGUUCGAUUGCUCUGAGGUAUAUGUCGGAGAUGGCCAGAGAGACGACGGCGGCGGCGGCGGCUGGGGCUGGCAGCGAGAAGCCGGUGGAUUUGGGCGAUUCCAAGUACAAGGGGGUGCGCAAGCGCAAGUGGGGAAAGUGGGUGUCCGAGGUACGCCUCCCCAACAGCCGCGAGCGCAUCUGGCUCGGCUCCUACGACUCCGCCGAGAAGGCCGCCCGCGCGUUCGACGCUGCCCAGUUCUGCCUCCGCGGCCGCAACGCCCGCUUCAACUUCCCCGACGACCCCCCGGACAUCGCCGGCGGCCGCUCCCUCACCCCGUCGGAGAUCCAGGUCGCCGCCGCCCGGUUCGCCAACUCGGCGGCGCCGGCCGCGGCUUCGGAGCCCCCGAGGAGGAACAGUAAUAACCGCGACCUCAGCUCGGAGUAUCAGCCGGCGGCGAGGGAGUUGCAGGCCGAGUCGGCCUCCCCCUCUAUGUCGGAAGGGACGGUCCAGAUGGACUGCGACUUGGGCGUGGACAUGGACAUGGACAUGGGCAUGGGCGGCCCGUUUAUGGAUCUCGUCAGGAGCAACAUGGGCUCGGGUAAUUACGCCUCGGAUUACGGGUUGUACCCGGGGUACGACGAGUUCACGACGAAUGACUAUUUCGGCUCCACCACCGCGCCCAACAUGGGUUUUGGCGACGAGAAUUUUGAUGGUCUUCCCGUUCAAGACUCCUUCUUAUGGAAUUUUUGA